AUGCUCCUGCGCGUGCUCGGCAGCGGGCACCCGAGUUCAUCCCUCUGGGUGCUGGAGCCCCGGGCGCAGCUCUAUACGGACCCCGUUGUGGUGCUGGGACUUCCAGUCUCUCUACCCUUCGGUCAUCAUCAGCCACAACUAUGCUUCUCCACCUGCCUGGGACGCGUCGAGAAUCUCGGCAGUUCGGCACCUUUCGGCUGCUCUUCACUAGAGGUGCCCCUGCAGUAUGUCAAGAGCUUGCGUGACCACAUCACCGUGUCUCCAGCCGGAGUGGCAUUUGUGAAGCCGUCCAUCCGCAGAGGCCUGCUGCCACAGAUGCUGGACGAAGUGCUCGGCACACGGAUUAUGGUCAAGAAGGCCAUGUCCCAGUGCACAAACAAGGGCCUUCGGAGAGUGCUGGAUGCACAGCAGCUGAGCCUCAAGCUGAUUUCCAAUGUGACGUAUGGCUACACGGCUGCCAGCUUCUCGGGGCGCAUGCCGUGCGUGGAGCUGGCGGACAGCGUGGUGAGCAAAGGCCGUGAAGCCCUGGAGCAAGCCAUCCGCACGGCUGAGGCGACUGUUCCAGGUGCAAGGGUCGUGUACGGCGACACAGACAGCCUGUUUGUACUGCUGGAGGGCCGGUCCCGUGAGGAAGCCUUCCAACUCGGCCAGGAAAUUGCCGACCGGGUGACGGCACAAAAUCCACGCCCAAUGCGCUUGAAGCUGGAAAAGGUGUACCAGCCGUGUGUGCUACAGACCAAGAAGCGCUACGUGGGCUUUUCUUAUGAGAGCCCCGACCAACAGGAGCCCAAGUAUGAUGCCAAGGGCAUCGAGACUGUACGUCGCGACACGUGUCCUGCUGUUGCUAAGCUCCUGGAGAAGAUGCUGCGUGUGCUAUUCACGUCAAGGGACAUGGUGGCAAUCAAGCGCUUUGUCAAGCUGCAGUUCUCCAAGAUCCUAGCCGAGAGGGUUAGCCCCCAGGACUUCAUCUUUGCCCGCGAGUUUCGUGGUCUACAUGGAUACCAGCCCACUGCGUGUGUUCCUGCCCUUGAAAUUGUCAGGUGA